AUGGGCAGUCGAAAACGAAAAGCCGACGACGAUGGAUUCGAUGAUAAUAUGUCCAUUUCCCCUACAAAUAGCCCCGCCCUAGCCACACGGCAAAUAACCCGACCUUCCAAGAAAAUCAGGGCCAACGAAAUUAGCGGUCGUCCUCUUAGCCUUCCUCGUCUUCUCGAAACACUUGAUGCUCAGUCGUUGAGAUCAGUCCUUCAAACAAUAUGCGAAAGACACCCAGAGAUCGGUUCGGAGAUUGUUACUUCAGCACCAAGACCAUCUGUGGCAUCGACUCUCGGUAUUCUUUUUAAAUAUCAGAACGAACUGCAGGAAGCUUUCCCUUAUGGCGGAAGCCCCGGAUCGGAUUAUGCCUACGAUCGAGUCAAGCACCAGCUCACAAACCUUAUUGAUGCUUUAGUCGAUUUCACACCCCAUUACCUUCCACCGAAUGAACAACAAACCGCUAUAUCCCUCAGCUUCCUUGAUAGUGCGACCAAAAUUGUUCACGAUCUUCCGAACUGGAAUAGUCAGUCUCAUAAACAUCACAAGGACAAUGCAUACGACGAGAUUUCGAGAGCUUGGGCUUUGGUGAUCAGUGAGGCUUCCAAACGUGGGGGAGGAUUUCAGCUUCAUUCUGGUGAAUGGGACCAAACGCUUAAUAGACAUAAUGAGCAGAGUGGAGGAAAGAUGCAAAUGGCAGUCAAUGCACUGAGCUCAAAUCUUGGUUGGAUGGGAGGUAAUUCUGGUAUGGGCUCUGGAGAAACAGAUUCUAUCCGCAGCCAACUUCUUUCGGGUCGGUAUGGUACUACCCAAAGUGUGCCAGUAGGAGGUCUCUGGUAA